CUGGCCUCCUAAUUACAGCUCAAGCCGUAAAAGUCAUACAAAUAUAUCGUUCAGACCUCAUCGUGGAUUGGCACCUUGAAACAUUUCUUCAAACCCCGAAAAAAACAUUGAGCUUCAUUGAACGAAAACUCGCAAGUCCCAUCAUCAGGUCCGAAUUGCUCUACCCCGGACGACACUCACAAUGGGCCAAAAGCUCCUUUACACAGGUGCCACUGGCUUUGUAGGCGGCAGCGUUCUGUCACAGCUUCUCAAUAGCUCUUACUCAGAGAUCAGGAACCUAGACAUUACUGUACUAGUUCGAAAGCAAGAGCAAGCCAACCUACUGAAGCAGAAAGGGGUCGAAGCUCUCGUUUUUGAAGGGCUCGAUGACUCCGAUUUCUUGAGAAAGACAGCCAGCGAGUAUGACUACGUCAUUCAUACACCAACUGGCUUCCACACCAGUUCGGCAGUGGCACUCAUCGAGGGACUCGCGCAGCGCAAGAUACAGACCGGAAAGAACGUUCAUUUUAUCCAUACAUCCGGAACUUCCAACCUUGCUGAAAGAGCCAGUAACAAGGAGAUAGGAGAGGUUCACGAAUGGUCUGACUUGGAGAACGUGUUCGAGUUUGAAGAGAAGAAAGAAAAGGAAGAAGCCUAUGGUCAACGCACGACAGACAUUGCCGUCGUGAACUCGGGAGAGAAGACGGGUGUCAAAACCUACAUCAUGAUGCCUCCCACUAUAUAUGGCCGCGGGACGGGACUGUUCAACCAGAGCUCCAUGCAAAUCCCCAGCAUCAUUCGCGGCGCCGUCAAGGACGGGGUAUCACAGUACGUGGGUGACGGCAAGGCUCGCCUGGGCCAUGUUCACGUAACGGAUCUCGCUCUUCUAUAUGAGCUUGUCCUUGAAAAGAUCUUGUCUGCGGAAGAAAUUCCGUUUGGGCGUAGAGGAAUAUAUUUCUCUAACACGGGCAGCCACAACUGGCGAGAUAUUGCCGAACACGUCGGUAAAGCCGGCGUCGCUCUUGGUGCACUGAAAUCGGCCGAGCCUAGGUCUGUGACUUUGGAAGAGGCUGCCUCAAAAUGGUUGAAGGCAACUCCACAAGUUGCAGAAAUGAACUACGCGUCUAAUUCCGCUACGAAGCCUGUUCUCGCAACCGAACUCGGCUGGAAGCCCAGAAAGACGGAAAGGGACUGGGAGGAAUCGUUUGUUGAGGCAUUUCAAAUGGUAUUGAACGAACAAAAAUGACGUGGUUGUUUUCUAUAGUUACACAGUUAUUUGGGAGCGAAAUUCCAUCCCACAUAACUGGUGUACUUUAUGCUCGGGUUGUCAUCCUCAUAGAUGCCACUGGUAUAAAACUAGUCUGGUACCUUUUUUGAUAUAUACUAAGAACACUCACUUUACCAUAGUAACAUCGAGCGGCGCUGCUUUGAUGUGCAUACAGGCUUAGGGCAUUAGGAUCAAUCUUUGGAAGUCGAACUUCAUAACUUAGUUGCAAAGGACCACGGCAAUUGAGAAGCCAAUACUUUCUCC